CCGGCCUUGCACCGGAAGUGUCGUCAUCCCUAAGCAGCUGUGAUGGCGAAGGCUGGAGAGUGGAGACGCUGGAACUGGUAAUGGAGUUGGUUCGGAAGCUGUGUUUGCGGAGCGGCCUGGAGAGUAGUUACGAUGCGACUGGGUUGAAGCCCGAAAUGUUGCCAAAUAACCGGUGUGCUGCUGUCUUCAUCAUUUUUAUAUUCACUUACCUGAUACUUGUGCAAAGAAUGAAGAAGCAGUAAGAGGAUCGCUCCUUGGCGGUCACAGGAAUAGUGUCAGGAUUACAAUACAUUACAUUUAAGGAAAUGCUGAUAUUCUGAGAAAGGCUUGCUCCUGUGAACAAAUUUCACAGUGUUUGUGUGUACAUUAAAGAUGGCUGGACAAUUCCGAAGCUACAUAUGGGAUCCAGUCCUUAUCAUCUCCCAGAUUUUAUUAAUGCAAUUAAUCUACUACAGCUGCUUAGGACUUUGGAUUGCAGUGCUGGACUUGGUCGUUCACUACAGCCCUUCCCUUGACCAGAUAUUUAAUUGUGGAAUUUUGGGAUUCUCAUCAGUUCCCGGGCGUGUCUCUAUGAUGGCUUUUAUCCUGAAUUCGUUGACAUGUGCUCUGGGUCUAUUGUACUUUAUCCGCAGAGGAAAGCAAUGCUUGGACUUUACUGUAACAGUCCACCUGUUCCACCUGUUUGGUUGUUGGAUUUAUACCUCCCAGCUCCCCAGUUCAUUCACCUGGUGGCUUCUUAACGUUGUCUGCAUUGCUUUAAUGGCAGUGAUAGGGGAGUAUCUGUGCAUGCGAACUGAACUCCGCGAGAUUCCUCUUAAUUCAGCACCCAAAUCCAAUGUGUAGACUUUUUAACCCACUGGACGUUUACAGCAUACCUCUCCAAAAUCUUCAGUACUUCAGUAUUCUUACAUUUUUUUCCAUUGGUUGACAUCGUCGGCUUUUUAAACUGGUGUCUGGAGUUUUUUAGCUCUAGAUGUGCAGGGAGGGUUGCUAAUGGCAGCUGCCCAAAGGGCAUGUCAGUACGACACAGGUUCCUGAGUGUUCCCUGCUUACUUUGCACACACAGUUACAGACUUUGUUUCUGUAUGCCUCUUAUAUUUUUCCACCCAUUUACAGAAAUAUUCAUUUUGGUCUAUAUAUUUCCUUAAAGGAUUAAUAUAUUUCUGUUUAAGCUAAUUUAUUGAACUAAGACAUGUUUCAUAUCUGGCAGUGACAGAAAUAUAGAUGAGCCAAUGCACACCUAAUUUGCAGGGAUUUUAAAAAAAUUAAAUAAAGCGGAAUCAGGAUGGGAAAAGAGAACUGAAUUUUUACCCAUGUGGGGAUAAUUUGGGGGUGGAAGCUUUACUUUUUAUUCCUUUUCUUGCACUUUGAAUCAUUUCAGAAAGUAAAUAUGUGUUUGACUGUG